AUGGCGCUGCCUCAGGGCGUGAUAGAAGACGAGAUCGAGGUCGUGGAAGUAGCCUGGGACGACCGGGAAGCGGUGCGGCUGCGGCAGAUGCAGCGCGACGAUAUUGCUGGGGAAUUCCCGCUCUCCAAGGAACCCGGCCCGCCGCCGUCGGUCAGCGACUGCCUCGUGUUCCUCAUAGCCCGGCGGCGGGGUGAAGCACAGGCGCUGGCCGCGGGCGGGCUGCGCCGUGUAGACGAUAAGCGUGCCGAGGUGAAGCGCAUGUAUGUCGUGCCCCAGUUCCGCGGCCGUCCUCUGCAGCUCGGCCAGAAGAUCGUCGAGGCGCUGGAGCGUCGCGCCAGGCAACUGGGCUUCUCGCAGCUCUUGCUCGAGACGGGCACCUUCAUGGCCGGGCCGCGCAAGUUCUACGAGCGGUGCGGCUACCAGCAGGACGAAGCCUUCCCGCCCUACCUCGACGCACCUCAGUCAGUCUUCUACGCCAAAGACAUCUGA